CAGCUCUUCGACGCAGAGAUUCACCGGAGCGAUCGAAGAUGGAGAAGAAGCGUGAAGGAGUAAUCGAAGGAACGAGUCGGAUCAUAUCAGAUCCUUACUACUUCCUCCAUCUCAUGGCCUUCUUCUCUUACCUUCCGAUUCGCAGCUCAACCGCACAGUACACUUCUCAUCGACUCUUCGACAGAGAACUCCAAGCAUUUCUAGCGUUCCUCAUGUUCUCCGCUAUCAAGGUGGUUAGGGAGGAAACAUGGGAGGCCUUCGUCGCGGAUAGCUUAUUCUAUGCUAAGAUCUUUCUCAUAGCGGUUUCGUUGAUUAUGGAUUAUUGAGUGGCGAUCUGGUUUAGUGUCAUAUUCUCAGUUAUAUAUCUUUUAGCUCAACAACCAGCUUUUAGCAGAUUAGGAACUGCGAAGAAGCUAACACCUAUGCAGUUGGAGGAUUUGCUAUCUGAUGGGACCACAACUAAAUACUGGUUGAUAGAAUUCUAUGCGUGUAGUUCAUCCAAGUGUGUUCGUUCAAGCGGCUGCUUUCCCGAGCUCUCCAUCACGUACUCCAAUAAUCUUUUGUCUUUUAGGACCAUUGAUCUUGGACUUUUCCCUAAUACUGCAGCAAAGUUUGGAAUAUCUCUCGCCGGUGGAAUGUCUCAGCUUCCUACGUACAUAUUGUUUGAAAAGGGUGUAGAAGUUUCUCGGUUCCCAGACUUUUAUGUUGACGCUACACCGUCUUUACCCAUAACCAAGAAACUUCUGUGUCAAUAUUUUGAGCUUGAUCGGCUUCUGCUUGACUACAUCAACGGAUCAUAGCCAGGGAAAUAUUAAUAUUCGAUGAUAUGUGGAUGAGUUUUCUUGGGAGAACAGUCUGAACACAUCAACGCACAAUCGGGCUUAUAACAGAGAGAUGAGAAGAUUAUGUUAAAAGUGUUAUGGGGCUCUAAUUCCGAAGAAGAAUUCUUGAUGUUGAUGGUGAUGAAAUCUCAGUAAUUCUUGACUUUGUCGUGGCUUUCGUUGUCAUGACUUUUAGUGGCAAGGCUUGUUGCGGGAGUCAUCCGUCUCUCUUUUCUGUUGUUUUCAUGUGCUUAAGUACAACCAAUUAUGCUUCCUAUGUGGAUGUGUGGUCUAAAAUAAACACCAAAUAAGAUAUAAAGGAAAAACUACAACAAUAAAGUCGACAGAAAAUCAAACA